AUGCUGCGCUGCGGCCUGGCCUGCGAGCGCUGCAGGUGGAUCCUACCCCUGCUCCUUCUCAGCGCCAUCGCCUUCGACAUCGUCGCGCUGACCGGCCGCGGGUGGCUGGAGUCGAGCGACCACACCCAGACGUCCUCACUGUGGUGGAAAUGCCCCAGCGAGGGAGGCGGCACCGGGUCCGAAGAGCAAGGCUGCUCGAGCCUCAUGCAGUAUGCGUGGGGAAGAGCGGCCGCUGCCAUGCUCUUCUGUGGUUUCAUCAUCCUGGUGAUCUGUUUCAUCCUCUCCUUCUUUGCCCUCUGUGGACCCCAAAUGCUCGUCUUCCUGAGAGUGAUUGGAGGCCUCCUCGCCCUGGCAGCUGUGUUCCAGAUCAUAUCCCUGGUGAUUUAUCCAGUGAAAUACACUCAGGAAUUCAAUCUUCACAGUGACGUUGCGGUCACCUACAUCUACAACUGGGCCUAUGGCUUCGGCUGGGCGGCCACAAUCAUCCUCAUCGGCUGUGCCUUCUUCUUCUGCUGCCUCCCUAACUAUGAAGAUGAUCUUCUGGGCAAUGCCAAGCCCAGAUACUUCUACACAUCUGCCUAG